AUGAUGGCGAUUUAUAUCGCUGGUGGUAUCUCAGGAGCGCAUUGUAACCCAGCAGUCUCCAUAUCCCUCUCUGUCUUUCGUGGCUUUCCCGCCCGAAAAGCAUUCAUUUACAUAUGUGCCCAGCUCCUUGGAGCCAUCUGUGCAGUCCUCCUUGCAUACGGGAUUUACCACGAUGCCAUCGUGUCUAUCGACCCACUGAAGACUACAACUGGCAACUCCGCCACAGGAAAGUCUUUCUUUACUCUGCCCGCGACGUUUGCUACUCCCACAACGGCAUUCUUCACCGACUUCGUAAGCUCGGCUAUCAUGAUUGGCACUGUCAUGGCCCUCGGCGACGACACCAACUCUCCUCCAGGAGCAGGAAUGCACGCCUUCAUUCUCGGCCUCAUCGGCUUCGCACUGGCAUCAACCCUGGGCUACAACACCGGACCACAGACCAACCCCGCGAAAGACCUUGCUUCACGCCUCGUGCCGUGGUGGGUCGGGUACGGUAGUCCGAUGUGGGCAAAUGGCUGGUGGGCCGAAGCUUGGGUUGCGAGUAUUACAGGUGGGCUGAUGGGAUCUUUGAUUUACGACAUUGCUAUAUUCGAAGGCGAGGAAAGUCCGGUGAACUAUAGCAUGUCGAAGAGGAAGGAGAGUCGAAGAGGUAAUAAGAGAAAGUGGUGGAAGACAGGAUUGUUUGGAAUGAGCAAGAAGGCAAAGGGGAAAAGUGAUUUGGAAGAUGGAGUGGGGAUUCAUGAGAAAGAUGCGGGGAGGAGGAUGGAUGGACAUUAG